UGGUCGUUGCAAGGUGGAGGUUGGGUUGGUCCCGCCAACCCCAACCAACUGUGGAGAAGAGCGCCCACAUUUGCUCCGUACACAACCCGCCCGACAUUCACCACUGACCGACUGACUAACUGUUCACUACACAAUCCCUCACGCGCUCUCUUUCCCUUCUCUCCUACACCACACUCACUCCUUUUUCAAUCUUCUGUGACAGGCGACACAACAUCUCCAUUCGUCUGGUUGUCAUUCAGAUCACCCCCCUCAGACUUUUAUCACCUGCAAUUCAGACCGUAACCUUAACCUCAACACUUUGGUCACCUAUGGACGAUAUUGCUUCUCCGUGUCACAUCCGCCCAGCCUCCUCCCACUCCUCCCUCACCAUCAUCUAGGAGUGCAUUAGUCAAACUCAGGGGCACUUUCUGAACAUGAGUCUUCCUGCGCACGUCACCUCCAGAGAAUACACAUUGACAAGAUUUACCACCAUUAAUUCAUGAUCCCUCGUGGACGAACGGAUCCCAACCCCACCAUGUCGGAAGACCAAGACUUGGCCUCCUCCACGGGCUCCCAGACCGACCAGUUGACAAGAUACAAAUCUGUAAGGCAUGCGCCAGCAAAUACACAACCAACUGGGGUACCAAUGCCUCUGCGACCACCUAAAGAUGGAAAUGGUCUGGGUAGGACGAAGAGUAUGGCGAGGUACCGACGGACAAGAGUCGAGUCUCCAGAAGAAUCAGCUGAAGCACCUCCACCAAUGCCUACCCUACCUUCUGGUGUCGACCAGUCCACAUUGGCAGCCUUGUCUGGAAAACCCUCCACCAUCAGACGAGUGACGGAGCCAAUACUUUCGACUUCGCGACACGCAGCCUCUCCAGCAAUCGAGCCAACCGCGGUCAAAAAGUCGAGGGCUCCAGGUCACAAAGAGACCGAGGAUGAGCGUCUGCGACGGAAGGUGCUAGAAUUUAGGGAACGCGAAGCGCAAAAGGAAAAGUUGGAGGAGCAAAAGGCGCAAGCCGAGGAACAAAAAUUGAGAGCUCGUCAGAGAGCGGCAGAAGAUGCGCGAGCUUCCAAACAACGAAAGGCCCAGGCCCAGUCGGAAGAGAGAGAAGCAAGAUUAAAGGAAGAGGAAACGGCAAGAUUGUUGGAAGAACAGAAGCGAGUUGAUUUGGAACGUCUAGAGGCAACCUUGGAUGCUGCAGGUCCACGAUCACCAGAGAUACUUAGUCCGAGAGACAAAUUUAGUUUCUUUUCCAGAAAGAGAGCGACAUCAAAGGUUCCUCCUAGGACAUCGGGCAGUGGCACCUCAGAGUCAUCGGUGCGAGAAAAGAGCCUUGGACCACCUUCCCCAAAGAGGGUUGAAAAGAUUCGAAAGACAACAUCCUCGCCCCCGUCCCGCCGGGUUGCAAAGGAUCCUAUUAUACCAACCCAUAAAUUGGCUCCCGAACAAAUGAUACAAGAGGGUGGUGGUGGGAUUGUACCUCAAACUGAUGCUCCCAUCUCGGCUAGUAAUGCUGGAGAAAGGGUAAGUGGAGCUCCAUUAUUAGGCUGAAAUUAUGGCUAAUUCGUCGCAGCGUGUGUUGGUUCGAUGCAAGCAAUCAUCAAUUAAUUUGCCAAUUACACCCGACACUACGAGCGCAGACUUGAUACUUUCUGCUGCCAACAUCAUGUCACAAAAUAUCAUACCAGCUACUGCAGUCUUACUUGAAUCGUAUGGACAGCUUGGAUUGGAACGUCGUACACGGCGCUACGAGCAUAUUCGAGAUAUUAUGAAUUCGUGGGACCAAGACACGCAGAAUUUCUUUACGCUCAUGAACUCGGAAGCCCCAGAGUAUGAUAAGGACCUCGAGUCUUCCUCGGCCCCAAAAGAGGCUCCUGGCAACACCACUGUCUACAUGUACCAUUCUCAGAAGCCUGGAAAAUGGAACAAACGAUACAUUACGCUGUUCUCUACUGGUCAAAUUUAUAUGUCCAAGAAGCCUCCGGGCAAAUCAAAUGACAAAGAUACAGUGAGCUUGUGUCACUUGUCGGAUUUUGACAUCUACAGCUCGACUCCUCAAGAAACACGGAAACGUCUCAAUCCACCAAAGAAAUACUGCUAUGUAAUUAAAAGUCAGCAAAAGACAACCAUGUUUCUGAGCACUGAGAAUUUUGUUCACUACUUUAGUACCGACGACCGAGUUCUUUCCGAUCUGUGGUAUGAUGCUGUACAGGCGUGGCGAAGUUGGUAUUUGGUGAGUCGCAUGGGCGAUGGUGCCAAGACAAAGUCCAAGGCCGCACCAGGUCGCAAGAAUACACACCAAAGCUCUGACGGAGACCCAUACACCAUCGGAACACUUGCUCCUGUGGUCAACGUGGACGAUUUUAGUAAGAAGGAAAAUGAAAGAAGGGGUCGAGAGUAUGAAUCUGACAGUGAUCGUCCUCGACAAAUUCCUUUCCAUCACAGCAACAGUGUUUCUCAAUCACCACUACCUUCCAAAAAGGAAUCCCGUCAGGAAUCUCGACGCCACCCACCUAUUGUUAACCUCAACAUCCCUUCUGAAGCAGAAGACGAAUUCUCUUCGGGUGGCCUAUUGGGAAGAUCAUAUUCUCAAAGACAACAACGCGUUCAAAAAGAGGCGCAUCAUCACUCUUAUAAUGGCGGCAACGGCUUCACAGACGGACCCUCCCUCUUGAGCGCUCCCACUCAAAGACCUGAAAGAACAGCCUCCAUGCGCUCAACCACUACUCGUCCAAACCGCCGUCCACAAACCGCCGUCGAUUCCCCUGGGCCAGGAAUGACAGGAAUGGCUGGAAUGCCCAAACCACUCCUCGACUUCUCGCCCGUCUUCAAAGAGGCGCCACAGUGGGACAAGCGAGGUAAAGGACGUGGCGUUCAACCUGUCGCUGGGAAGCGGUUGGUGGAUGUGGCAACGACGCCCGAGGAGAUGGCUGCGCAGAUGCAGAUGCAACCUACGCAGACGCUAUUCCGUCGCGAACAGGCCGCGGAGCUGGCAAGAUCGAGGACGAAUGCUAGACCUAGGACAUCCCACCAGAAGGAAAGUCCGUUUGUAGGGAGUGGGUUGGUUCAAAGUGCGGGUGUCAAAAGGAGAGGUAGUUGAGCGGUCUGAAUUCUUUCGGUUGAACGUGUUUUGAAACGGGGAGUUUCCAAAUUCGGGGAUGGGCAUUGCAUUGCGUUCUUCUCAUUUGUUGAUUUUCUUUUCCUCUUUUCUUGCUUGCUUGCAUAACUGGAACUACCGACUACCAAUGCACCAGGGCUGGGUUGGAGCUUUUGAUUUUCUUCGCUCUUUUCUUUCAUUUGGUGUUUAAAUACCCCCCACCCCUCCCUUUUUUCCCCGAAUACCCCCGCGCAUUCUUUUUCUUCUUCUUUUCUACUUCUACUUCUACUUCCUCCAUAUGGUUACCCCCUUUCAUCACACUGGAUGGAUAAGAGAAAGGGGUAUACUUUCCACCUGGGGAUCAGUGCUUGGACCUGGGUUUGGCUGUUAGUAGGCUGGAGGGUUUACGGGUUAAAUCGAACCGGACCGCCUGGACGGAUUGAAGUACUUGACUUGGCUUGGCUUUUAGGCUUUUAGGCUAUAUCAGAUAGUGUGUUUGUAAUAUUAAGAUUUACCACCUACCUGCUAAUCCAUCUGAUAUAAUG